AUGUCAUGUCGUGGCAAAAUUUGUCAAAAGACACCGACACCGGUUUUGUUUGUGUGGUGUUGUAUAAUUUUUAAUGAAGUUAUCAAAUUAUAACAAAUAAAUUAUUGCUUUACAAAUAAAAUAAACAGAAAUACUGUAAAGCUAUUAAAAUGGGUGUAAACAGCGGUACAUCUUUCGUCCUGUCCUCAAUUUUGGCUCUACUAAUAUUCUCGCUAAUGCAAUUAUAUAAACCACUUUUGAUUAGAUCGCCAGUGACUAUUAUAUUUGGCGGAUAUCUUGGAUCACUCAUGUUCAUGUUCCUCGUGACUGCUGUUGGCAAUUUAGAGACUGCAUUGUUUGGAAAGGGCUUCCAAGUGAAAUUGCCAGAAGUAGUCAUAUCCAUACUAAUAUCCUUGAUAGCGGCAGGGAUGGUGCAUAGAAUAUGUUUCACUACAUGCUUGAUAUUCUCGAUAAUUACAAUAUACUACAUGAAUAAGCUGUCUCAAAAAACUUAUGCAUCUUCCAUUCCUGCCCCAGCUCCAGUGAAGAGUCGUCGUCACAAAUAAUGUAUUGUUUAGGUAUAAAUCCUAUUUUUAUCAUACCUUAUGGUCACAAUACAUUUUUUUAUUCAA